AUGGACUUUGCAAACGGCUUCGAGGAGGACGACAACCCCGUUCUCGCGCCGCGUCCGUCGACAGCGACCGCCGCAUCAACCUGCAGGACGACGGUGCCCUCGACAGCUCCCGCUCGACAGGCAGACACGCUCGACCUGACAGGCGACUCUCCGCCGCCUCAACAACCGCAGCGACCGGCAGUCACGCAGAGCGAAGCGGCCAGACGGGCGCUGGAUGCUUACCUUGAUGAUGAGAAACCAGCGGGCGCAGGGAUGGCGUCUGGGGCAGCGGGAGGGUUUGGAUCGUAUGCAGCGAGCUCGCAGGGAAGCUUUGGUGGCGCUUCGCAGUCAGCGGGGCGGUCCCAGGCGGGUCCGUCGAGGGGCUCUUCUUACGGCGCUCAGGUUGGGUCGUCGAACGGCUUCGCGAGCUAUGCGGGAAAAAUGACGCCUACGACCACUCAGCAGACUCUGGCACCGUCCGCCGCAUUCGGCUCGAGUGGCGGAUUUGUCCAGCAACCUCGAGUCGUCCCCUCCACCUCGCUCGGCAGGAUUCCCGUCAUCUCGUCCGCCUCUUCCUCCCGCGUCCCUUCCGCCUACCUGGUCUCUCAGUCACCCCAGCGUCCUCGACCGAACGCGUCGUCAGCCGCGGCCUUGAGCGGAGGGUCCGGCUUCAGCUCCGCCAAGCUCCUUCACCAGACCCAGGUCGCCCUCGACCAGGCUGCACGGUCCGCGCAGAACGGUCACGCACAGCAUUACGAGGCGCAGGUGUCGAGCGGUUCGUCGCCGGCGAAGGGGAAGGCUAGGGAGGAUGUGCUCGACUUGACGGCGGACGACCAGCCGUCCGACGAUGACGACCUCGUCAUUGACGAGACACCAGUCUGCAUCGGCGAAGUCACGACGUACGGUCUUGUCCUGACACCCGUCGACGAGAUCACUCCGCCGCCACCGCCACCGGCAGCUCGACCAGACGGCCGCGCAUGGACGAUCGACGAGCUCGACACGUUGAACGAGCAGUACCGUCGCGCGAAGGAGCGAUACGCCGUACCUCUUCCUGUCCACAUCUUCCGCGACGACCGCACCUACAACGGCGGCGCUUGGCGCGAAAUGCUCCGCCUCAUCACGCCGGUUAAGCACGAAGUCUUCGGUUUUGUCGACUACAAGGCGGCGGACGUGCUCGGACCGCUACUCGGCGAUGGAUACCACGGGACUGGCGUGACGAAGGGAGGGAACGGGAAGAUCUUCUGCGAGGCUUUCGUUGACCGAAGAGGGGAGACUAACCCGUGCCUCCUCAAGCUGCGGCUUCUACUCUUCGCUCGCCCAUUCGACGUCGAGAAGGUAGCCGAAACCCUCGAGAACGCUCACCCGCCCCUCUGGCUGCAACACCCAAUCACCUACAUCGCCGCUCAGCACAACAACGCCCGCUACGUCAAUCCGCACAACCCGGCUCCUGGAGUUGGUGGACGAGGGGCGGACGCAGAAAGGCGGAGGCAAGCGCUUGUUAGCGGGAUGUACGGCGGAAGCGGACUGAACGCGACGAAGGUGGCGAAGGCAGUCGAUGUGCAGAAGCAGCAGGUUGAAGAGGUGUUCCUCAACCUCAAGAGCGGAACGGAUCUCGAUGAAGUCACGCCUCCUCCCAUUGUCUCGACGCCCCUCUACCCUCAUCAGAAGCAGGCUCUCUCGUUCCUCCUCGACCGCGAAAAGCUCAUCGAUGUCCCGCCGCAAGACCGGCCAGGCCAGGAGCCUACCGUCGUCUCGCUGUGGAAGCGGAUCUCGGACCCGUACGGUCGACCGACUGGCUGGCAAAAUCUCGUCACCGACCUGCAUAUCGCCGGUGCGAGACCGCCGCCUCAAGCGAGAGGCGCCAUUCUCGCCGACGACAUGGGUCUCGGCAAGACGAUUGUCGUCAUCUCGCUUGUCAGCUCGACCCUGAGCGAUGCUCGCGAAUGGGCGAAGCAGCCCCUCGAGAAGGACAAGCUCGACCCGCGCUUCGACGAGACGGUCAAGAAAUCGGAUAUGCAAGGGAAGGCGGUCGCGGUCGGCGAGUUCCGCAGCCAGCUGUGGGGUAUCGCUCAGGAGGCAGCGGCCGAUCCUGCGCCGACUACGAAGGCGGCGUCGAAGAAGAAGCAGGCGAAGGAGCGGCGCGAGAAGAAGAAGGAGGAGGCGGUCCAGUCGCGCUUCGAGAAGCUCGUCUGCCGUUCGAGGGCGACCUUGAUCGUCUGUCCGCUCUCGACAGUCCAGAACUGGGAGAGCCAGUUCGAGGAGCACACGGCGAUCGUCGAGGUCGACGAUGCGGGCGGCAAGACGCUCACGGUCGAGGACGACGCGAAGCCGAUCAAGGCGCUCAAGCGCAAGAUGCGCAUUGCCGACGAGAGCGACGAGGACGGCACGACGAGCGACUCGUCCAUGAAGUCGGCUCCUUCCGCCAAGGCGCCAAAGAGCCCGCUCCGCAUCUACAUCUACCACGGUCCCGGCCGAUGCGACGACCCGAUCAAGCUCGCCGACCACGACGUCGUCAUCACGACCUUUGCGACCCUUGCUACCGAGUACUCGAAGCAGGUCCGGGCCGAGGAAGAGCGGGAGGACGAGGAAGAGGCUGCGGCGAAGCGAGCGGCGGAGGAGGAGGACGGCAUCGUCGAGGUUUACGGAUUCGGCCCGAACGGCGAGAUCCUCACUCGCCCGCCGGGUGCGCCGGUUGCGGAGGAGGAGACGAAGCCGAAGAAGGCGAAGCGGAAGCGGAAGAGGGUUGAGGGAAGCGGGGUGAGCGCGCUUCAGGCCGUUCAGUGGUACCGCGUUGUGCUCGACGAAGCUCACAUCAUCAAGGAGCACAAGACGAUCCAGGCUCGCGCCGCCUGCGAGCUGUCGACCUCUCGCCGCAUCUGCCUCACCGGCACGCCCCUCCAGAACUCGCUCAACGACAUCUUCUCCCUCAUCCGCUUCAUCCGCCUCGAGCCCUUCACCGACCGCCACGUCUGGAACCAGUACAUUGGCGUCCUCGCGCAGAAGGGAGACGACCUCGCCAGCGAGCGGCUCAAGGUUAUCAUGCGAUACCUCGCCUUGCGACGCACGAAGGACACCAAGGACUCGGAGGGCAAGCCCAUCUUGUCCCUUCCGCCGGUCGAUCACAAGCAGGUCUUGCUCAACUUCACCGAAGCCGAGCGCGCGUUCUACGCCAGCCACCACUCGCGGUACAAGCACGACUUUGAGCAGCUGCAGGAAACCGACUCGGUCAUGAAGAACUUCUGCUCGAUCCUGACCGAGCUGCUAAAGCUCCGCCAGAUCUGCGUCCACCCCGCUCUCCUGCAAGACUCGGAGGAUCGCGCCGCGUCAGCAGGAGAAGGAGGAGGCAGCCUCGCCGCCACCAUCGAGAAGCAUGGCAUCUCGAAGGUCCGCGCGAUCCAGCUUCUCGCCCUCAUGCGGGAUGCGGGCGGCGGAGACUGCUCCGAGUGUGGCAGCACCAUGCCUUCCUUCGCGCGGGCAAACGUCGAGGAGCUCGGCGACGAGGAGGACAGCAAGGCCGGCCGCAAACCGGCGAAGAAGAGUCGCAAAGCCGUCGUUACCCAGACGGCGUCGACUUCGGCUGCAACAUCCGAGGACGACGCUGCUGGUCCGGGCAACGAGGACGUGCCCUGCGUCGUCACUCGCUGCCAGCACGUCUUCUGCGCGCCGUGCUUCAAGCGCUUCAUCGCUCCGAGCUGGCCGGAUGUCAAGAGCGACGUGAAGGCGCAGUGCCGUCUCUGUCAAGCGGAGAUCCAGCCUGCGCUCGAAGCCGUCGAAAUCGGCGCGCGCGAGUUCCAGCGCGCACUCGAGCGGUCUGCCGACGAAGGUCCAGGUAUUCGCACCAAGGGCAAGAAAGCCAAGAAGGCGUCCACUACUCGCCUGUUCGAGCACAGCACCAAGACUCGUGCCUUGCUCGCCGACCUGCUGCCAUUUUCGCAGUGCAACCCCUUCUCCGCCAACCACGACCCGAGCUGGUCGCCCGUGGGCAAGGCACCUGUGACCGGCUUCCAGCCCGUGCAAGGCGAGGUCGUCAAGUCUGUCGUCUUUUCCCAGUGGACGACGCUACUCGACCGUCUCGGCGACGCCCUCGAGGCCGAGCACAUCCAGUACGACCGCCUCGACGGCAGCAUGAACCGCGAGCAGCGCGCCGCCGCGAUGCACGCCUUCAAGACGGACCCGCGCUGCGAGGUCUUGGUCGUCUCGCUUCGCGCCGGUGGUGUCGGGCUGAACUUGACCGCCGGCCGCCGCGUCUACCUGAUGGAGCCUUUCUGGAACCCCGCCGUCGAGAACCAGGCCGUCGACCGCAUCUACCGCCUCGGACAGACCAAGCCCGUCCAGACGAUCCGCUUCAUCAUGGACAAGUCGAUCGAGGCGAACAUGCUCAAGAUUCAGAAGCGCAAGAUGGAUCUCGCAAACAUGUCCGUCGGCCGGACGCUCAGCAAGCUUGAGCUCGCGAAGGAGCGGCAGAAGGAGCUGGCGAUGUUGCUUGACUGA